AUGUCAGACGAAACAGUCCCACAAACGGUGUUGCCUUUGGAAGUAAUAGAUAGGUCAGUUGGUAAGAGGGUCCGGGUGUUGAUGACUGGAGAUAAAGAGUUUAAUGGAAAGUUGAUUGGUUUUGAUGAUUAUGUGAAUAUGGUUUUAGAGGAUGUCACUGAAGUCGAUGGAGGUGCUCCAAUUAAGAAGAUGCUAUUAAAUGGUGGCCACAUUGCCAUGAUCGUUCCUGAGUAA